AUGGCCAAUAAAAAAUCCCAGGUCAAGAAAAUACACACGACCGAGAUGAGGAUGCUGAGAUGGGCAGGAGGUAUCACUCUUAGAGACAGAGUAAGAAACGAGCAUAUUCAAGGAAGUUUUAAGAUCCGCCCAAUCGAAGAAAAACUCUCUGAAGCGCGCAUGAGGUGGUAUGAAGGUGAGCGCGCUGGGGCGGCAGCGACGGCGCGGGCGCAGGCGCGCCGGCGGCCUGCUCGCAGAGCACACCAGUUGAGCUACGAGCGAUCGAAAGUUCGAUGCAAGAUCGAGCGCGCAUAUGUAAAUAUCGGCACAUUUACAAGCGAAAGGGUUCACCAGAGCGGCGCACUAACGCAGCGUUGCGCGGGAACCAGUCCGGUGAGAUUCCUUCGACGUCCGAUAGAAAAAUGUCGAAUGAACUUUAGGUCCAACACUUGCCGCGAGUGUGUGAUACGCGACGCGGCCGCCACUCGACUGCCGCUCUCUGCUCGCCGCCACUCUGUUGGUAUAUUUAUCGCUUAUUUAUUGAACUCGUCUCUAUAUCAAUUA